GAGCUGGCUGUGGCGAUGGAGGCGCAGGAGGAGAAAGAUGUGCAGGUUGCUGAGUGGUUGAAAAAAAUAUUUGGAGAUCAUCCGAUUCCACAGUAUGAGGUGAACCCACGGACCACAGAGAUUUUAUAUCAUCUUGGAGAACGCAACAAGGCCCGGGACAGGGAUGCCUGCCUAGUCAUAGAGGAUUUAAAACAGAAAGCAAGUGAAUAUGAAUCAGAAGGGACAUAUAGGCUGCUUCCAAGAUCUAGCAGGAGUGCAACAAUAAAUGUGGAUAUGCAUACAUCACUAUGGCAUGAUGUCUUUAACUCUUAUGGAGAUACCCAGAAGAAUUUUAUUCCUGCAGUGAAUGAUCUGACCUCUGAUGUUUUCCGUACCAAAUCCAAAAAUGAAGAACUCCAACUUCAACUGGGAAAGCUUGAACGAAAUCUAACUGCAACAUUAGUGUUAGAAAAAUGUCUGCAAGAAAAUUUAGGCCUGUGGGAGCAACUUUCAGCUCGUGGCAUGGAUGCUUCUUUGUUACAUCAGUCCCUAGUAGUACUGUCAGAGAAACUGGCAGAGCUGAAACAAAAGACUAUACCUUUGAAGAAAAAACUGGAGUCCUACUUAGACUUAAUGCCGAAUCCAUCUCUUGCUCAAGUGAAAAUUGAAGAAGCAAAGAGAGAAUUAGAUACCAUUGAGGCUGAACUUACAAAGAAGGUAGACAUGAUGGAACUGUGACCAGAGCCAAAUAAACAUCGUUUUUCCUAGUGACAUAAGUUUAAUAGAACUUUGCAGGGUUUCUGUCUCCUUGGCAUGCCUUAUUUUUUAUUUUAUUUUAUUUUAUUUGCGGAACUGGGGAUUGAACUCAGA